AGCGAAGGAUGAAGCUGCACGGAUGGCCGCUCUGGUGGAAGCAGAGAAGGAAUGUAACCUAGAGCUCUCAGAGAAGCUGAAGGAUGUCACCAAGGACAGGGAGGAGCCGUGGGGAGAGCAGAGGGAGCCCCAAGGAUUCCAGGAAGCCCUGGCCCUCAGGGACAAGAGAAUUGAAGAACUGAGCCAGAGUCUGGCUGCCCAGGAGAGGCUGGUAGAACAACUGUCUCAGGGGAAACAGCCGCUAGAAGGCGUGCUGGAGCAGCCCGCCGGCAUGGAAGUACAG